AUGCACCUGAACGGGGCCCUUCUCAAGUACUUUUCCUGCCUGUUCCCGUAUUUUUUCCGGGAAAAGACGGCGAAAGUCGGCGACGAGCCGGCCAAGCUGCCCACCUGCUGCCGGACCCUCGAUGAUCCCAACACGGAUGCGGUAUUUUUUAAAUUUUCUUGAGAAAAAUAUCGUUUAACGAAGCCUUAUUCUGGCCUUCUGAAUCCAUGAAGUGACGUCACAGAUCAAAAACUCCCAAAAAAAUUCCAUUAUCUCAGCUUUUUUUUAAGGAUUUUCCGAGAAUUUUCCUUAAGUUAUGACUUUUCAAACUUUCGACAUCAAAUUUUCAGAUUUUAAGCUUCAUUUCUGUUAAGAGCAUACUCUAGGAAUCUAAAAAAGGAAGUUUUGGGACGGUAGCCACUUAAGGGAUCUUCAAAUAGACCUUCAGUGAACACUUGAGCAAAUUUUCAAAAUGUCCAAACUUCACACUGAAUGCUUUCCCUUGACAGUAGUGUAUUUUAGAUCAACAGAUUUUACGAGGUUUUAAUUGAAAAUUGGAGAUUCGAAAGGUCUUGUGCGCUCCAAUGAGAAAAGAAGUGAAAAGUUCAUUUUUAUUAAAAAUGUGGACCGUUUCGUUCUUAGGAGUUUUAGAGUGGUCCCUAUAGGGGUUAGAGGGGAAAAGCAGCUCCUGAAGGGACCAAAAAAGAGGGCCCUUUAGGGGUUUAGGGUCUGAAACCAGCGGCUCUAAAGCUUAAGUGGUCCCCAUAGGGGUUAGGGGAAAAACAGCUCCUAUAGAGACCGAAAAAGUGGUCCCUUUAGGGGUAAAGUCAAAGUGGUCCCUAUAGGGGUUUAGAGUCUGAAUCCUUAGACCCUGAAGCUCAAGUGGGCCCUAUAGGAGUUAGGGGGAAAAACAGCUCCUAUAGAGACCGAAAAAGUGGUCCCUAUAGGGGUUUAGGACCUGGCACUAGGUCCUAAAACUUAAGUGGUCCCUAUAGGGUUUAGGAUCUGGCACUAGGCCCUAAAACUCAAGUGGUCACUAUAGGGGUUCGGGGGAAAGUCAGUCCCUAUAGGGGCCGAUAAGUGGUCCCUUCAGGGGUAAAAUCAAAGUGAUCCCUAUAGGGGUUUAGGGUUUGUCCCCAGAGCUACUAAAGGUUAAGUGGUCCCUACAGGGGUCGAUAAAUUUCAUUCAAAAAAACAUUUUUUUUUUAAAUUUUUCCACAUAGAAGUUCUUCUUCGUCGCUAGUUUAAAAAAUCCUAUAGGGACCACUUUUGCAAGCUUCAGUGGUCCCUACAGGAGUUGGUAAAGCGGUCCAUGGAGAGAACCCUCCAAGGGCUUAUAAGGUCGCCCCUAUAGGGACCACUCUGGAGUUGCUUAGUUUGUCCAAAGAAUUUAUUUUGAUUCGAAGAUUAUAGUUCUUGGAACACCUUGAUUUUUCUCAGAAGACCAUUUUCAUGUGCGAAAAUUGUACCAAAUUGCUUCGAAAUUUAAAAAAAAUGACAUAAAGUUUCUUUUUUCAGCGCCUGAAAUGCGUGGAGCAGCUCUACAAGCGAAGCAACUCGGAGAUUUUUGUGUAUUAA